AUGUGGCUGAUAUUAUGGCCCGUGGUUUUCUGGGUAACCGCCUUUGUGUUUGCCAGCUCGCUAUUUUACAUCCGACACAUGUUCGAAAUGCCCCGUACCGAGGCUCUGUUGAGCGUCCUCUUUGCACUUCUGAACGCUAUGGUUAUUGUGCUACUUGGCUACCAAUGGGUCUCCAACGAGCUUGACUUUGACAAACUCAACCGACAAUAUCCCCAUGUCAUCAAUACCCAGUGCAUCGUCUCGCAUGCUAUAUUGUUCUCAUUCGUCGGAAUUGCCAUCAUCGGUUGUGCUAGCUACCUUUUCGCCAAAAGGGCCUCAUCCAACCACAACCGCCACGUCGACAACAGCAGAACCCAACUACUCUUAUGCGCCUUUGCUAUUGGCACCGCUUGGAUGGCCACAUGCCCUUCCUCGCAAGCAAGAGAGCGCCAAGCUGAGUUUAAAGCAUUACUCGAUAUGGGAAAAUAUGAGGAAUUACACACCAGCCUUCGUCGUCUUGCCGACCUCCAUAUUUGCCUAGCAGUACUCGCGUGGCUUAUGACGUAUUGGGGCCUGUACGCGUUUGCUAGAGGGGUAUACACUAUGAAAUCCCAUGUAUUGGACUGCUUUUUCCGCCCCUCUCGAUUCCGGCGCAGAAUGUCCGUUCCAGGUUAUCUGUCACACGCUCAUCACAGGGAUGAAUACCGCGAUCUCGAGGCGGAAUUCUUCGACAACAGGGCUCUUGUCGAGCUGAAAUCGUUUGACCAGCACCCUACGGUUCGUCCGUGGGUAGAUACCGCAUCCUACGCCUCAAGACGCGAGUUAGGAUCCCCAGAUGAGAGAGCGGAUGUAACGCUCCCCCCUCUAGCAUUCCUGCGCGAGAAAGGUUUGUCGCCAAGCAUAGUCUCAGUAGACACCUUCGAUCUCGAAGUGCCGCAGACAACCCCAGUGUUUGAGACUGGGCGGUUGUCCAAUUACCUAAACCGAGACAGCACGUAA